UGCAUUAUGAAUGCGGCAGGAAGAGACAAUUUAUCUAUCUGAUUUGUCACAGAAAAUUGAUCGGGAAAAAUUACCUGCAUGAACAUACGUUCAUCCUCUACGAAAUUUGAAUGCGAAAAAAGGGCCAUCAACGUUAUUCCUUUUUUUGUAAUACUAUGUAAUACUUUUUUUUAUAUACUAUGUCGAUAAAUUAGGUCUUUAGUCGCGUUUAUUUGACCGAUGUUAGCAAAUUAAAUAAAUACAUAUUAUAUUUUCAUCGACCUGCCACUGCAUCGUUUCGCCUAUGUGGGCACUUCAAUUUUAUGAUAUACGUAUAUAUAUGUAAAUGUCGAUACCUCUUUCUAUCCACGUAUGCUUAUAUAUGUAUGAUUGUUCUGCGUUAUAUAAAUCUCCGAGUACAUAAAAAAAGAACUAUUCCAUUGUUCUUGAUUUAAUGACUCAAUACGUUAUGAUAUUGUUUUAGAUGAUCGCAUUUUGUUUUUGGGUAUCUUCUUUGGAGGGUUUUUUUUUGGAAACUGGUAUGCUGUCACCCGAAACGGGAAGGCUGAGAUAUGAGGAGGAAGUAUCUGUAACACAUGAAAAAAAGUCUCAACGAAAUUAUCAUUGAUAAAUUUUUCGAAGUUUAUUUCCACCGUGGAUACCUCUGCAAACGUUGAAUUCUUCAAUGUUAUAUGAUGAAAUGUUAUCUACAGAUUGAUUUGACAAUCUUGGACCCUCCUCUUUAUCCGCCGUUCCCGUCUCACGCAGAUUAUUUCACGCUUCUUCACAUAGACACGUAUCCUUUGACAAAAUUUGAUCUUGGGUGCACAUAUCUUUUGGGCUAUUGGCUGAAUAUUGUGUGUUGGGUUGGUUACGGGUUUUAAUUUCAUUGAUUUCUUGAUCAAUUGCAUAUUUAUCGACAUGCACAUCGACGAAACGUACCUGUUCUUCUUUUAUCCUCUUUUUUCCUAAUUUUUAUAAUUGUUCAGUCCAAAUCAUACGAUGUCUAUUAUGACGUCUAUAAUACGAUGUCUAAAUUUUUCGAGUCAAAUCAUGCUCAGUUUGUGGCAAAGGUACUUUAUAAAAAUGAUAUGAUUUAGAAUAAAAAAAGAAAACAGAUUCGAAGAGAGAAGACGAAAAACGAAAACAACAUACGUAUAUCUGUUAAGUUCUAUUAAACUAAUAUAAGAAGAACUUUAAUUACAGUAACUUAAUAACAGUUUUUAACAGUGGCGAAAUAAUUUUGCUGCAUUAUCACGAGCAUGAUCUUGACAAGACGAUAACGUCAAGCUCGACACGCGGAAUCGGCAGAAGUUCUUGUUAAAAUUGUGAAGAUUAGUAUUGAAACUGUAUUUCUUCCGAUACCGCGUGGCGUUGCGAUGGACGCCGUGUAUAACCGAGCGAGCUGUUACGCUUUGUCUCACAGAUUUAAUUUCCUGACCACUUUCGCGCCCCCGCCGGCGCUGGAUCCCUGUUACAGGCAUGGGCGCACUACUGUCUUUGCUGCGCUCCGACUUUAAGCAGCAGCAGCAGCAACAACAACAGCAACAUCAACCAUCGACGAAGAAGGGUCAUCACCGCGUGUCCGCGCCAACAAUGAUGACACGGGCCAAUAUCGCCAUGGCAAAUAGGCGCGCCAGCAACAACAAUCCUAGCAGUGAGAGCCACAGCUACGACGAUGGUACCAGUGGCACUACGUCCGCCCGCGAAGUCGUAUUUCCGGACUCAUUCGAGGUGUUGCCACAGCCGCACGAUCUCAGCGUCCUGUACAUGUCGGGUGUGCCGCACGAGCAGCAGCGCAAAUUCCGUUGUCGCUUUUGCGGCAAGGGCUACCGCUGGAAGAGCACGAUGCGUCGUCACGAAACGGUUGAGUGCGGCGGUAAACCGCCGGCCUUUGAGUGCUCCAAAUGUCCGUAUAAAGCCCGACAACGUGGCAAUUUGACGGUCCACUUUAAGCGGCAUCAUCUGAAGUUGAACUUUGACGAAGGCGCUUAAUAAAGAUGAAUGCUCAACGCGUGCCACGCUGAAAAACGUUCUCGUUAUGGGCGAACAAGCGUCGUUAAAAAACAAUCGUCUACGUGCGAGGUCUACGUUCUUUAAAGCGUCUCGAAUAUGCUCACGAAUUGAACAUUUUCCUUUUUACUCUUAUGCAACAUCCUCUCACCUGUUUCUUCUCUUUCGCUUCUUAACGCGGUACCUCGCCGCAUUCUCCUCAUGAGCUCAACAUAUAUUUCAUUUCUUUUCAAUUAUUAUUUUAUUAGGAUAUUGUUCUCCGAUAUUUCACGCAGAUUAUUUAACAAAAACUGGCAAUAUAGGUAGUGUCUAAAUGUGGCACACUCUUAUUCAGUCUACUUUUAUUUAUUUCUGAACUUUUCAUAUUUCCAAAACCAAUUUUAUUAUAAUAUAUAUAACAAUUUUGUUUU